UCAGAUUUUAACUUUUAAAUCUGUUCAGAGAGAUAUCAAUUGUUAUUUUGAUUAUAAAUUCAUUUCGCCAAUUCUGUUAUUGAAAUAGAGUGUAAAGAGUGAUUAAUCUUUACAAAGCAUCGGAAACUCCGGAAUCAGAUUUCGCUUAUCUCGGAUGAACUCAAGAGUGUAAAGAGUGAUUAAUCUUUACAAAGCAUCGGAAACUCCGGAAUCAGAUUUCACUUAUCUCAUAUGAACUCAAGAGUGUAAAGAGUGAUUAAUCUUGACAAAGCAUUGGAAACUCCGGAAUCAGAUUUCGCUUAUCUCAGAUGAACCCAAGGUUAUCAAAUAUGUUCACUGAAGAAGAGUUGAAAGACAUUGAGGGAUUGAAAAGAGGGUCGGACUUCAUUGAGGUUAAGUGCGGAUGUACCAGCAGAAAAUAUGGUGAUACCAUUGGGAAGCUUAGGGUUUUCACCAAUGGUCAAUUUCUGAUAUCUUGCGAAUGCACUCCAUAUUGUGAGGAAGAGAAAUUGACACCUUAUGAUUUCGAAAAACAUUCUGGGAAAGAAGGAACUAGGAAAUGGAAGAACCAUAUUUGGGUGGUCAUGAAAAAUAAGAAGGUUCCUUUAUGGAGGACUGUUCUUCUGAAAUACUACAAACAUGCAUCAAAUGGAGCCAAUGAGCUAACAAGCACGCGAGCCAAGCGCCUAUUCCAUCGUGACGAGUUUGUCCGUUGUUCGAGGUGCAAGAAAGAACGUCGAUUUCGACUCCGGACCGACGAGGAAUGCCGGAGGUACCAUGAUGCUGCGAAGGCAAGAAAGUGGAAGUGUGCUAACUGGCCAUAUGACAAAAUCACCUGCAAAGUUGAUGAAGAACGAGCAAGCAGGAAGAGUUGCAGAGGCUGCCCUCGAUCUCCAUCGUGCAAAGGCUGCACUACUUGUGUGUGUUUCGGGUGCUUCAAGUGCCGAUUUCUCGAUUGCAAGUGUCGCACUUGCGUCGAUUUCGUCCAAAAUGCCGAGCCUUGAGCUGUAACAAGGCAUCCAACAUCGGUCCUUUCUAAGUUUCGAUGUUCUGACUAUCAUUUCCCAACUGGAAAACUGUUCCAAUGUUUGUUGUAGGAUUGUUAUAACUUUAUUAUGUUUGGUUUGCUUUAGAAUAAUAUCUUAGCUGAAAACUGAAGACUAAGGUUGGAACUUUCAGUCCAACACAACUUAACAAACAGUUUAAAAUGAACUAGUUUCUUUUA